GACGUCAAACCAGGAAGUGAGGCUCGCCGCUGGCCGACAGCAGCAGUGAAUAGCAAUGGAUAGCAACAGCCGGGGCAGCAGUCAGAACUGACAUUAGCUGACAUUUGUCUGUGAAACCGUCGCAUGAACGUGUUUGUGAAGCCGCUCUGCGAUGAGCUGAAGUCCUGAAUGUCCCGCUAGAGUCGCUGAAAAUGACGCCGAGAUGACUCACCAGUGGCUUGGACAUCUGUGAUUUGACAGAGGAUGAGGCUCGCUCAGUUUGUCAGACUUGUCAUUGCUUGUAAUGAUUGCUGCUGUAGGCACAAACCACACUGACAUGAACAACAAACUACAGUGAAUCAUGACUGUUGCUUUUUGCACAUCGCGCUCACUAAAAAAGCUAACUACAUAAAGUUAUCAUUUUAGUUUGUUUUGAAUGGCUCUCAGUUAAUAACCGGUGCUGACGAUGUCGCUGGGUGAGCAGUCUCAAAAGUGGUUUCCAACCCAUGUCCAAGCCACUGUUCUUCAAGCAAACGGUUUACAGCCCAAGGGCAAAAAUGGCACCAACGAUGCCUACACCAUCAUCCAGCUGGGCAAGGAGAAGUACUCGACGUCAGUGGCGGAGAAGACGCUCAAUCCCGUCUGGAGAGAAGAGGCCUCCUUCGAGUUACCUGGUCUGCUUUUGGAGGGGAACCCAGAGGUGUAUGAGCUCUGCCUUAUAGUGAUGCAUCGGUCCUUGGUGGGGAUGGACAAGUUCCUGGGUCAGAGGUCCAUCAACCUCAAUGAAAUCUUUGAUAACAAGGAGCGAAAGAAAACUGACUGGUAUUCCUUGGAGUCCAAGCCGGGGAAGAAGAGGAAAGAACGAGGCCGCAUCCAAGUCAGCAUCCAGUUCAUGAGGAACAACAUGACGGCCAGCAUGUUCGACCUCUCCAUGAAGGAGAAGCCCCGCUCGCCUUUCUCCAAGCUGAAGGACAAGAUGAAGGGUCGCAAACACGACAGCAGCUUCGGCGACACGUCCUCGGCCAUCCUGCCUCGCUCGGCCGUGUGCGACUCGGAGCCCAGCCGCCAGUCCUUCGCCCCAGAACCGCAACCCCAGCCCGAAGCAAAGGUCAAGAGGCCGCUACUCGCCGGGGCCCAUAAACUCUCCGCAGCUCAUUCCAUGUCAGAUCUGAUCGGGACCCACUUUAGACCCAAACUGGACUCCAUGAACUCCAUAGAGGAGAGUGGGAGUACAGGUGGACCUCACAGGCGUUCCCAGAGCGAGGUGCCAGGCUAUCAGGACGGCGAGGCACACAGUGACCCUUUCACUGAUAUCACUGACACCCUGCCACAGAAGUAUGCCACGCUCCCACGCAACCGCAACCCGUUUGAGGGGGAGCACGGGCAGCUGUGGGACCGCGCCGAGCGGAAGGAGAAAAAGGAGAAGGUCAGCCUACUGGAACGCGUGACGGGAAAGAAGGAAGGCCGCAAGACCAGCAACGGGGCGAGAUCCGGCAGCUCCGGAGACCUGCGAUCCCCAAACCCCUUCAGCGGAGACUCACAAGCAGACACUAACCCGUUCAGCUCCAACUACAAAACCAGUGAUAAAAAGUCAACAGGAAAGGAGGACGUCACCUUUGGCCACAAGAAGAAAGACGUCUUCGGCAAGAAAAAUGAGGCGACGCGGGAAAGCGUGGCCGCCUAUAGCAACUUAUCCUUCGAGGAAGUUGUGCAGGAACUCAUCAAGCAGAAGGAGGUGGUGAAAAAGAAGGACGCCCACAUCAGGGAGCUGGAAGACUACAUCGAUAACCUGCUCGUACGUGUGAUGGAGGAGACGCCGAGCAUUCUACGGACGCCCUAUGAGCCAAAAAAGAAGGCGGGUAAACUCAGCAAAAAAUAGAGAAACAGGAGGAAAAGUUGCUAAUAAAGGUUUAGUGGUAGCUCAUGUAUCAGUAUCAUAUGGUAAAAUAAGUGGGAACAAAUGGGGUUGAUCAAAGCCAAAUUCAUGAUUGAGCUGUCUUUACUUUAGAGCAUUUUAUUAUUUGAUGGAUGUAGUUUUUAUAGACUUUUUUUCAGUGUUUUUGAUUAUUUUAGUUCAUGCAUUCCUUUGAAAUCACUUCAUUUUUCGGUACUUAAACAGCUACAUGAAAUCCAUCAGCUGAUUCGAGUCAAAUCAAAGAUUAGGUUUAGCUGUACUGAAUGCACUUGUGAACCCACACACAGCUGCCAUCGUCUGCCCAGAAGCUCUUACGGUGCAAACGCAGCCAAAAUCCAUGUUUACCAGAUGCUGUUUGCCGGGAACAAAGUGGUUCGAUAAAAGAUGAAGCUGUAGGUUUUCUGUGUUUACACUCAAGCACAAGUCUUAAACUCUCCUCCUCCCUCAACUACGACACACUCGUUCAGCAGAGGCUUUGUUGACGGCGGCUUUUCCUUCGAUGCUGCAGAUGUGGAUGAACUCUGCUCUCUCCCGCCCAACAGCCCCUGAGUGAUUUAUAGGUAUUCUUAGAAAGACGGGAAGAGAGUUAUGGUAAGAAGUUGCUGGACAGUUUCUCUCCAGCUUCCUGAGUCAUGCAUUUUCUUUUUUGUUUUCUUUUUUCCAAACAAGCGUACGUUCCUUUUAUCAGUUACUGACUUCUCAUCCUUUAUUUUAUUUGUGACGACUAUCAUGUAACUUUCUUCUCCGCUCGCUGAGGGCGUGAUGAUUUUACUAACUUUUAAGUGCAAUAAUCACGACUUUUAAUCAUCCUGCGUUACAUAUUCUGCUGACGAUGUUCUUGUUUACAUUUAAAUUGCAUCUUUACGUUUAUAUUGAUUUGACUCUAUGAGAAAAGAGUUGUUUGUUACAGCCUGCACAGAUCAACCUUCUUCAUUUCCUCCAUUUCCUGUUUUUUUUGCUGAUGAUUGUACUCAUGGUACUUAGCUGCACAUGUGGAUAUUUGCUGAACAAUCUUUAUUUAUAAAUAUGUCACAGCUCAUUUGCAUAUGAACAUUAUUUUAAUGUAUUCUUAUGGUACUUUAUGGUAAAAACGCUACAGUAUCCCACCUGUUCUACUGUAAUAACACUGUAUAGGUACAAAAAAAUCAUGUAUUAAGGACUCGCUGGUUCAGUUUUUAUAGUUCACAUCGGCACUAAUAUGUUUACCUUUAAACAAAUCUCUUCAUUAUGGACUGUGCCUCAGUAUAUUUCAGCUAUUUUCUUUUUGUAACAAGCAUCAGGCGUCACAGGUGACUGUUUGACAGCCUGUGUCAGAAGCUAACUGUCCUCAUUUCACAGUUUUAUGUCAUCUCAGUUCAUGAUGCUAAUGUCAUAACAACAGAUGUUGUUUCCAUGACAAACUCUGCUCCUUAAUUAGUGUUAAUAUGUCAGUUUCUACCAGGGCUGGGCCUUUUUCCCAUCAGAUAUCGAUAAUUGUCACAAUUAAUUAUUUCUUUAAAGUUUUUAAAGGUUGAUUUUGGCUCCUGAGUGAAAGUUAAUUGUGAUUUUAAUGUGACAAACAGUGGAACAAUUCACAAAUCUUAAGUGGAAAAACAAUUAUUUAACGAUAAAAUCCAAGUUAAAUAAUUUCAAAUUGAAUUUAAACCAGGCAUAUCUCUAAUCCUGCGACAUGCAGAGUCAUCUCUGUGCAUGAAAAUGAAUUAUAUUGAACAUUCAUUGUCCAUUUGUCAUAUUUCUAUCAAGGAAAAAAAACAGAUGUAAAAUUGUGAUAAUUAUCGGCUGUCCAAUCGCACUGCUGGAACUAAAAUGAACUAAUGUUUAUUCUCAGACAGAGACUCCCUUCACCUGUGCUUGUGGUAGAUGUUUAACAAUAGUAUAGGUUUACAUUUUAAAUUUAAAGGAAAGCAGCUUCAUGUACAGUGUUAAAUAUGCUUUGUAUUAUCAUAGUUAACUGUCCUUGCACACCAUUUUUAACGAUCUUUACGAGACGAUGAAGAUCCACCUCGUUUGCUGGUAUUUCUAUCUGUUUUGUAAUUACUUUCCAAUCCCAAGUCUUCAGAAUAUCUGACCUUUACACUGUAUGAUACCAAAUCACAGGUGAGACAAAGUGCUGCACUGUAUCUGUGGAAUGUCAACAGUCAGAAACACUUAGUCAGUUCUCUUUUUUCAUGAAUGUUGCACCGCUCAGACACUCAUUUCGUCUUGUGCUUAAAUAUUAUUCUUGUCGUUAUUUUCUGCUGCUGUGAAGGUAGUGAUUUCACCUGAAGGUUUGUCAUCUCUUCUUGGACUUGAGGCCUAAAUCUCUCGUCGCUGAAUGUAUUCCGGUCGGCUUUGAAAAAUUUUGAAAUGUCUAAAGACAAACAAGUACACUAACAAGGCCAUUGAACCUCGCUUGCCUUUAAAGUAUUUGGUGCAUCCAAAGAGAUCAUUUCAUGGGUGAUUUUGUUGUUUUCUUUGUGUUUGUUUCCUCUUUUCUUUGUGAUCAGUCGGAUGAAACUACAGACAAGAAGCUGGUGUUGAUACGUGAGGUUUUUGUGCGAUGAUGUGACACAGAUGUCGGGUAAAUUCCUUUGGACAGAACAUGAUCAGAUCUGCAUAUAUUUUGUAAAACCAAAAACAUUUGGAUCACUUUGUAAAAAUCCUGAGUAUUAUGAUACUAACUGAGAAGAUCUGUUUUCUGUUCUCACUGAAUGCCUUCCUACAUGUGUUGAAGUGUAAACUCUCUUUACCAACUGCUUCAACCAGUCUGUAAUCGCACUGACGAGCUGUUCUUAAUUUACAAGGAACAUAAUCUCACUUCACUUCUUCCUUGGCUUUUUGCACAUUUUGUUGUGGUUUAAAAUGUUUGAGAAUCUGCUUUAUUCUGUCUGAGGUUCAGUCGAAGUGAAACGAGUUCAUUUAAAGCAACAAAAUGUAACUUGGCUGAGCAGCAGCGCCCCCUGCAGGCAGUGGUGAUUAAACCUCUGGUUUAACGCUUCUGAAAUACAGAAAACAAAGCCUAACAAUCGCUUGACCGGAGCUCUGACUCCGCUUCACAAACACACCAAAGUGUAUAAUUCUUGCGUCAGUUUCCUGGCUGGAUAUCAGAGAUGAACGCUGGUUUUUAAUGACUUCUUAGUCUUUUUAACUGAUCUACAGUUCUGGGUCUGAUUCCAGCAGAUUAAGCUGCUGACUAUCACUCAGUUAGAGGGAGAUCGAACCUGUUACACAGAGAAACAACAGGUGUUCAGGGCUCUUCUCUCCCUGUUACGCGUCAUUGUACCAUUAAAACAAUUCAGACGCUGUUAUUUUAAUGUAAAACAGUCGCAUAUUGUUGCUUUAAAUCAAAUUUCAAAAGUGUAAAACUGAAGAAAAGUAUUCACCCCCCAUCUUUCAUUUGACUUUCACUGACAUUUGACAACCUCACUGUGAUAUUUAGGCCUUUUUAAAAACAGUUUUUCUUAAUUUCUCUUUCCAGUGAAGCAGAGCCUUAUUUCUGGCAGUGACGUUUUAGUUUAGGUCAUGUUGUGCAUCAGUAAGUGAGUAAUACUCCUACAGAGAACAGGUGAUUCACACCCAUGUCUACAUGUGCCCUGAAGCCUCAUCGCUUGGCUUGAAAGACAAAAUUACAAAAGAUAAGGUCUGAGAACAUUUGAUGUUGAAUACAUUUGGACCCUGAGGUUAUUUAGUUCAAAUGAAAAAUGAGGGGUGAGUACUUCAAAUUAAUUAAAUUUGCCUGUCAUUUUUCUUUUGGUUUGAUUGCUACAUUUGCUUUAUGCUUUAAUAUAAUUUGGUGCUUUGGUAGAUGUCAGACUGAAACACAAAUCUAAAUGAAAAGCAUUUUCAAAUCAUUUUUAGCACAACAGUGUAAAGGGGUAAAAAAAGAAAGCCUGCAUCAUUAUUAUACUUCUUGCCUCUUUGCAUAAUAUUUGUCAUCCAAUUAAUGCCAGUGUUUGAAUAUGCAAAGUGCUCGAAACGCUCAGAGGCAGAAUUUCCUGUAAAGUUCGACCAUGACUGUGUUGCACAUGCAUUUAAAGUAAAGUGUUGCAGGUGAACGUCCCAUUCCAGAAAAAAACUGUAAACCUAUGGUGGUUUUUUUUUCUUGCCAUGUUGACGAAGCAUGCAUUGAACCUUUUGAUGAAUAUGACAUAAAGCUCGAGUCGGAUCUCACAAUCCUCCUCUGGCAGUCUUUUUAAGUCUUCUGCUGAUAAUAUGAUGCUGCUUGCCAUAGGCCACAUACAGCUGCCAGACACUAAGACUUAAGCCCCGGCUAAAUCCCCUGACGGUGCUUGUAAUGUGGCACACAGUUUUGAAGGAAAUGAUGACUGUCUUUAUAAAAGAUCUUGCCAGUUAGCAAAGCUUCAUUGAGUUUACAGAAUUGUGUGAAGAGGCCAGAACAAUUAAACCUGAGUUUGAUGCUGUAACGUGGCGAUAAUAACUGACAUUCUGAUUUCACACCCCGUUUACACCUGGUAUUAAAAUGCAAUCAGAAUCCAGACAUCAGAUAAUUAACAGUCUGAUCUUGUGUUUGUGUUUACGCCUGGUAUUUUUAAGUUGGUCCUGUUGUCCUCAUGGAGAUCAGAUCUCUGUCCUCUGGAGCAAACCCUGUGUUUGAGCACUUUAAGAUGGCGGCAAAUCAGCUGCAGGCGUCAAAAACAUCUUUGUAAAUUCACCUGUUUCUGCAGGAACUGUCCAGUUUUCCUUGGACAACGCAAAACACCCAUAAACAUCUGGUUUUCCUGAGGCUCCAGAGACGUGAAUCCUCCAUUUCUACCAGUCGCUGUAACUGUUAGAACCUUCUGUCUUUACAGUUGAGCUUCUAACUUCUGAUGCAGGGAGCGUUCAGAGGUCAGAUCUGAGCACGAUGCGGGCCAGACUACCUCCAGAAGGGGUCAGACCAGGUCUAAACGGGGUCUCGGGCACUUGUAAUGUAACAGGAGAAACGAUAAAGUAAAUGGGUGUGUUUGGAUUAUUGUCAUUUCUGCAUGUUUUGAUUAUGUAACACUAUACAGUGUUUUUCUGAUCCAGAAAACCACCACCAUCAUCAACCCUCAUCACACGACCUGAUAAUGUAUUUAACUCUGAACUGUUCUGUGUCAAAGUGUGUUACUGGAGAAGGUAGAUGAGCUUUUGCUUUGUUUAAUAUUUUCACAUAAUAGCCAAUAUGCAAGACUUUGAUACCUGGAUGUUUGGGGAUAAGAAUGUAUGGCUUUUAUAUAUUACUGUAGAAACACAGUCGGGGUCCAGCUGAUGUUUGUGCUGCGGCAACAGUGUGAAGCUGUAAACGGUGAUUGUAUGUAAAGUGCCAACAAUCGCACUAAUUCACAAGAAUCUGGUGAUGCAUUUCUUGAUAUUCACCCAUCCUCAGUGUGCUACAGGUCGAAACAUUGACUGUUAGAUAUUGCCAUCACUGUCAUUAUAAUCAAAUCCCCAAUGUUUCACUGGAUGUAGUUUGAAAGGCGUGUAUUGUCCUUUUAAAUACACUCACUGUAAAUGAAA